AUGACUCUUGAGUCUUCAUCGAUCCAGAAAAACUUAAAUACGAUUCACUUUUCUUCUGAAAAUGAGGCUCUAAUUCCAAAUCGUACGUCAAGGAGAAUGCCGCAGCAGUCGGCUUUCAAAGUGGAAUUGAAGAGCAUCAGCUGGAUAUGGGAAAUUGCUUUGAGAGUUGUUCUUGGAGGGGUGAUUUUUUACUUCUCGGAAAUACGCAUUCCAUUUCAGAGGCAAAUUGAAGUCACUGAGUGGCACAACUACAACUAUCCACACAAAGACUCAUCGUCGAUUCCAUUCUCCGGGGUGGUCCUCUUCGUCAUUUUAGGGCCAACCAUUUUAGUCACGCUCGUCGUGCUAUUCAACCUUUGCCGCACAGAUCAUGCCAGUCGAAGAUGGCGAAAAAAGUACGCGAGAAAUAAAGAUAAUAAAAACACAAGCAAUUGGAUUUCUCGUGUUUUCGUUGAAUACAUGAUUGCGCUUUUGGCAGCGAGUAUGUCCUACAUUCUAGUGCAACUAAUUACAGACAUCAUCAAGACUGAAUACGGAAGACCAAGGCCCGACUUCCUGUCAAGAUGUUAUUCAACCAGAACUGAUCUUGACUCUUGGUACACUCUUCCAAGCAGACGUCUCAACAACUCUAUUCCUGGUCAAAACAUGAUUUACAUUGAAGAUGUGCCUCCUCUCGUCGACCACGAGAAAGAUUGCGUGGUGAAUGGAUUGACUAACGACGAAAACUUGGAGCUGAUUCAGAAGGGAGGGCGAAAAUCAUUCCCCUCUGGACAUACCUCGAUGGCUUUCGCGGGCUCUACUUUUUGCGCGUUGUACUCUUUCUACUGGCUGCGGCGCUGGAGUUCAUCCCUGAAGCUAUCAUACGGAGAAGAGUCUAUUCCUUUCCCAGGCUCCUCGGUCGGCAGCGCGUUUCUCUUCUGUUUCUUCCUCCCUGGAAUCUACGUCGGCGUCAGUAGAACUCAAGACUACAGGCAUCACGGGAGCGACGUCAUCGUCGGUGGCCUCAUCGGCAUCUUCAUCACCACAGUUGUCUUCUUGCAAUAUUACUCAUUCCAGCCGCGAAAAACACAAUAUAAUUUUAUCCAAUCAAUUCAAAAAACGAAUAAAAAUGUAAAUAACACCUCAUUAACUCUUGAACAUUUGAAGAAUUGGGACAUGUCCGGCGGGCCAGUAGUCAUCGGAAUAGGAGACGAUAUCAAGGGCCCUCGAUUGCGACAUGAUGCGGUGUUGAAUGCAAGGAGGCAUCAGGGCCAGGGGAUGCAUUCGGCCAUGAUUUACAGUCAGCGCCGACCCGCUACAGCUCCAUCUCCAGCGAGUCGAAGGGAAGCCAACCCAAUUCCCGGCUUUCAAAACCUUCUGGUGACCACUCAAUUAUCCACAGUUCCCCGAGUCAAGCCAGAAGCAGAAGCAAACAAGCGCCGAGCAAGUGGCGCUGGAAUGGCAGGUGUUCUCACCCAAGAUCUUCCAAAUCGCGCCUUCGUCACUCAAUCCUUCCAAGAGCCAGCUACCAUUCAAGAGUCAGUCACGCAAACGAUCACCGAGCAUUCGCCAGACAAGACAGUAGCAGUGAUAGUGCCACGAGUAAAGCCAGAAGCAGGGGGAAACGCGGAACUUGGACAACAUGGAAAUGUGGGGAAAAUGAUGGCGGAGAGUUAUGAAGAUGCGAGAAGGAAGAACAUUGAAAAUGGAUUGCGAGAAGUUCCAAAACCAAAGAAUCAUAUUCAGGCGAAUAUUCAGAGGAUGCGGCUUAUUCAGAAGAAAGCAAGGGCGAAUGAGAGAAAUAAGGUCAGCGCGACGCCCGUGAAAGCGCUUUGGCGCAGCGGAAAAUACGCGGCGGUGGAGCCGCGCGUCCAAAUCGACAAUACAGACUUUAUCGCGAAAAAUGCUAGAAAUGCGUGGAAUGCGGAGAAUAAAAUUAAAAAGACGAAGAAUGUGGCUCAUGUAGAGAAAAUUAAUGAAGAGAAAAAACGAGCUCAAGAAUUUUAUGAUCUUCAGAUUCGCGGGACAGUUCCUCAAUACUUGCAAGAAAGAAAAAAGGAACUGCAACGAGUAAAGGAAGAGGAAUACGCUAGAACUCAUCCUGAUCCAAUGUGUCCGCCAGGUCACGUGCUUCUUCCAGAGGCUCAACGACGAGAAACGCUGGAAAAGCUUCAAAAAGCUCUUGCGGACUACGAAGCUCAGCUAGCAACCCUUCCAGUUCGCCAAUGCGACAGUCUGGCCUACAAGCAUCGUAAAGAAAACCUCGAGCGCGAAAUCUACGAACUCGACGAAGCCAUCAAAACUUUCUCCAAAAGAAAGGUCUACGUAGAACAGUAA